AUGUGUUGUAACUACUACGGAAGCUCCUGCUAUGGCUGUGGAUAUGGCUCAGGCUAUGGCUGUGGAUAUGGCUCAGGCUACGGCUGUGGAUAUGGCUCAGGCUACGGCUGUGGAUAUGGCUCAGGCUAUGGCUGUGGAUAUGGCUCAGGCUAUGGCUGUGGAUAUGGCUCAGGCUACGGCUGUGGAUAUGGCUCAGGCUAUGGCUGUGGAUAUGGCUCAGGCUACGGCUGUGGAUAUGGCUCAGGCUAUGGCUGUGGAUAUGGUUCAGGCUAUGGCUGUGGAUAUGGCUCUGGCUAUGGCUGUGGAUAUAGCUCCUAUUAUAGGUCUGGAUGCUGUGGCUACCGACCAUCUUGCUACAGAAGAUGCUGUUCUUGUUGCUAG